CAGGCAUCAAACGGUGGUUUGGCUGCAGACUGGUCGGGAUCCCUUUCGCCGCCUCGGUCGCUUCAGACGCAUCAGGUCCAGCAGAAAGACGCUCUGCAUCACCACAGAGGAAGGGGAAAGUGAAAAGGAUCGAGACAUCCGGAGAUCCCAGGCUUGGUGGCUACAUGCUCAGAUCUCUUUGGCUUUGAGAAGAACAACCGUACGAAUCAGCAGGAACCAUGGAUUUUGUAAUGAAACAAGCUUUAGGUGGGGCCACCAAAGACAUGGGUAAGAUGCUGGGUGGAGAGGAGGAGAAGGACCCAGAUGCAGCCAAGAAGGAGGAGGAGCGGCAGGAGGCGCUGAGGCAGCAGGAGGAGGAGAGGAAGGCCAAACACGCCCGCAUGGAGGCCGAGAGGGAAAAAGUACGGCAGACCAUCAGGGACAAGUAUGGACUGAAGAAGAAGGAGGAGAAGGAGGCGGAGGAGAAAGCGGCCAUGGAGCAGGCCUGCGAAGGGUCACUGACACGUCCGAAAAAGGCGAUCCCGCGGGGUUGCGGAGAUGACGACGAAGAAGACGAGGAGAGCAUCCUCGACACUGUCCUCAAGUUUCUGCCCGGACCUCUACAGGAUAUGUUGAAGAAGUAAAAAAAAAAAAAAAACCCAAAACAAAUCAAACGAACCCUAAAUUCAGGGUCCAGUCUGGUCUGGGCUAGGCUGGGGGGGCAAAGGGAGGAGGGGAUCUUUGUGGAAAGGGUUGGGCGAACUUUGAGUUUUGCAGGUUUCUGGAGAAGAAAGACUGGUGGGGGAACUGGUUGGGGUAUUUGUAAGCAGGUAGGGUUUGAGUGUAGAUUUGGGGAAUGUAAAGAUCAUUGGGGGCAAAAACAGAUUCGGGAGGGGGGGGGUUCUUGC